UCGCUACAGUGGCCUCUGCGCAGGCGCACACUAACAGGCAUUUCCGGGCCUUGGCGCCUCGUCUCGAAAAAGACGUCCUGCGGGACUUUCCACGGGAACCAUGGCUACCUACAGCCUGGCGAACGAGCGGCUGCGCGCCCUGGAGGACAUCGAGCGCGAAAUCGGCGCCAUCCUCCAGAACGCAGGAACGGCGAUCCUGGAACUGUCCAAGGAAAAAACCAACGAGCGCCUGCUAGACCGGCAGGCGGCAGCCUUCACCGCUUCUGUGCAGCACGUGGAGGCGGAGCUGUCGGCUCAGAUCCGCUACCUAACCCAGGUGGCCACAGGGCAGCCCCACGAGGGCUCCAGCUACUCCUCCAGGAAGGAUUGUCAAAUGGCGCUGAAGCGAGUGGACUAUGCCCGCCUCAAGAUCAGCGAUGUGGCACGCACCUGUGAACAGAUGCUGGAGAACUAAGUCAAGAUGAUGCAGAGUGUGACCUGCACCCUGGGACCGAAGCCAGAGACUGGUAGGCUGGGGAGCAGAGUGAUGCGUGCUGUACUGGUCAGGGCAGAUGAGGACCAUGGAGCAGAAAGCAGAACUAGAGACUCCAACCCACGCCUGCCCACAGAUGUGUUCUGGCUCCUCCAGCAAGAUGGCUCUGCUUUCCACUCCACAAGCUCAGAGGGGAGCCAGAGAGACAACUGCCCAACCCUCUUCCUCAUGCACACCCUGGCCUGGGGUUCCAGAAGAUCCAAUAAAAAUAUCCUUUUUUUGUUAA